CUGGUGUUUUGAGCAUUCGAGAACCAUUGGACUACGAAAUUUGUAGAAAUUAUUUCCUAACCAUCGAAGCUAUUGAUGGUGGUGAGCCCCCACUAGGCAACCAAGCUACAAUCAAUAUAUCCAUUUCAGACGGAAAUGACAAUGCUCCUAUCUUUAACCAACCUUCAUAUUCAGCUCGUAUAAGGGAAGACUCUGAUAUUGGUGGAAAAAUACUUCAGGUGACUGCUAGCGAUUUUGAUAGUGAUAUAAAUGGGCAAAUAACAUACAAAAUCAGAGGUGGAGAUAAUUUGCGUCAGACAACUCUUCUGGAUACAUUUCUGUUGCUAAACCACUUGAUCGAGAAGUUUUGUCAAGUUAUGUUCUUGAAGUUGAAGCAGUUGAUGGUGGCAUACCUCCUCUUUCAAGCAUUGCCCUUCUCAAUGUUGAAAUUUCUGAUGUAAAUGAUAAUGCCCCAGUUUUCUCUGAAAAGAAUUACACAGCCGUUGUUCAGGAGGACAAACCGCUUGGCUACGCUCUAUGCCACUUAACUGUUUCGGAUGCUGAUACAUUCCCAAACACUGAACCAUUCACUUUUGAAAUAGUUGCCGGCAAUGAUGCUGGUAUGUUUCGCAUUGAACAAAAUGGUGAUAUUCGCACCGCUGCAAAGUUUAACCAUAAAAAUAAAGAUACAUAUGUGCUACAAGUUGGAGUAUUUGAUUAUGGACUUCCACCAUUAUCGUCAGACACUUGGGUGGUUGUCAAGGUUGUGGAAGAGUCCCAGUACCCUCCUAUUGUUACUCCUCUAGAAAUUUGGAUCAAUUCCUUCCAAGAUAAUUUUGUUGGUGGAGAGGUUGGAAGAAUUCAUGCUUCUGAUCAAGACAUGUAUGAUCAACUUGCGUACAAACUUGUACCAAUGGCAACAGAGCAACCUGCAGCUAGUCAGCCUGCUUUGUUCAAUAUUAUUUCCAAUAAUGGAUCUAUUGUGGCCUCUCCUCAGCUUGACGUUGGCCAGUACAAACUGAAUGUAUCAGUGAGUGAUGGAAAAUUUGUGUCAUAUGCAACGAUUAAGGUUUGGGUGGAGCUAGUAUCAGAUGUAAUGUUGAAAGACUCACUGAGUAUCAGUUUUGUAGGAAUAACAGCUCAAGAUUUUCUGAAGAAUCACCGCAAGGGUUUCAUGUUUCAUUCGAGCAAUGCAUAAAAUUCUUGCUGUUAAGGCCAAAGAUGUAAUUCUUGUCAGUGCUCGGGACGCCCACACAUCUUCCUCUCGAAUAGUGAAGAGGAGUUAUUCAAAUCUCCUUAUGGUUCUGUUUGCUGUCCGAAGUGCAAAUGGUGCUGGAUUUGUUCCUGUGGACAAUCUACGAAACAUAAGUACUUUCAUCUCACAUUGAGGAUCUGGAGACAUCAACAGGGCUUGUACUUGACCAAGUGGCUCAAAGGCAUUGUACAGACUCAUUCUGUGCCUUUGGGACCUGUGAAGACAGGGUUUCUCUAAAUAGAUCUGCAGUUACGGUUGUAAGCACACAACUAUCAAGUUUUGUAUCACCUCAUCAUCAACUUGAAACUGUUUGCCAUUGCUCACAGGGUUACUCAGGUGAACGUUGUGACAGUGCAGUCAAUAAAUGUGCAAAUAAGCCAUGUCCUGAUAACAUGAUGUGCAUACCUGAUGGAUCUGCUUUGGGGUACUCUUGUGAGUGUCCAGAGGGAAUUGCUGGACCAGUUUGUCAAGACAAUGAAACAAACUGCCAGAAUGUGUGUUACAGUCCCAUGUCAAUGACAGGGAGAAGCUAUGCCCACUAUACUAUUACCAGACCAUGGCUUGAGAAGGAGUUAAAUGUCAGCCUUCGGUUGCGCACUCUUUACCCAACAGGAAAUGUUGUCUACAUUGCUGGGAAGUUUGAUUAUGCUAUUUUAGAGGUAAGGGAGAGUUUUGUUUU